ACGCGCCGCCGGGGUCGAGUGCGGCCCUGGAUCGCAGGAAAGUAGUAAUUAAAUUCUGAAUUCACUUAUGUAUUGUUAAUCAAAGAACUACGAGGAGAUCAUUGCCGGAGAUAUUUCGAUCGAAGUCUGUUUUUCAUAACAUCAUUCUUCUCUGCAUAUUUAGAUAUAGAUAUAUAGACGGUCGUUUCUGCAACCAACAUUUUCUAUUCCAUACCAGUCUAUAUACAGCUCUCUGCACACUCAUACAGGUGGAUGAGAAAGAUGCCAGAGAUUGUUUUUAUCAGCGGAUGUUCAUCGGGCAUUGGGUUAUCCACGGCCCAACUCCUUGCCCAUGACCCACAGAAACGCUUUUUGGUGUAUGCCACUACCUUGAAGCCAUUAGAACAAGAAGAGCAGUUCAGGUUGCAGAUAGGAGACGCCCUCAACGAUACACUGUUUCCGCUACAAAUGGAUAUCACCAAGGAAGCUAUGAUAGUUGACGCGAUUGGCACGGUGAUGAAGGAUCAUGGACGAAUAGAUAUAAUAAUCAAUAUUGCAGGAGUCAAUCAAUAUAACGUUACGGAGGCGAUCAGUUUUGACGUCAUGAAGAAAGUUUUUGAUAUCAACUUCUUCGGUAUGGUACGAGUGGCACAGGAAGUAAUUCCUGUGAUGAAGCGUCAAAGGUCAGGUCGAAUCAUCAACAUGGGAAGCAUCCACGGAUUGGGAGCUUUUCCUUACUUUGGUCUUUAUGGUGCAACUAAACAAGCCAUUGUGGGAUUUAGUCAGGAGAUAGCUAUAAUUGGAAGGUUCUUCAAUAUCAGUGUAAGCGUUAUUGAACCUGGUGGGGUUGACACGGCCAUUAUGGAGAACAUGAUCGCCCAGGGGCUAGGAGGACACGCCGAAAUACAAAGAAAUAAGAAUACAAGUGACAUCGACCUCACACUGUCAAAGUGCUUCGAAAACGUUGACAUCUACCACCCCGAUCUUCUCAGUUUACCUAAAUGCCAAAAACCUUCAGAUAUUGCACAACUCAUCCUCAAAGUUGCAACGGAAGACAAACCUCACUUCCGUUACCAGACGUCGGAGGCCUGUCAAGCUUACGCAGCGAGGUUCUAUAAGGAUGUGACGGGCGAUUCGCAUAUUGAUUACCAGGUCGCCGAACUUGAGUCAUUUAGGACGAAACUUGCAGAAAAGGAAGCAAAAUGACUCAUUUUCCAAGGUCAAUCGAGCAAUAAUCCUGGGCAAUCCCCUUAACUUUUCUUCGUAUUUUCUUUUUACAUAUUAUGUUGUCAAACCGUCCGUGAAAUAACGACUCGGGAGAUAAGCAAUAACUAUGUUGUUCUUUUUAACUUUUACAAAAUGGUUGUUAGAUGGCUUGCUAUGGAGAAAAGAAAUAAGUACUAGUAAGAUCUGCUGAAAAACUGUGUGGAAACAAGAAAAUUGUAUACACGUAAUAUAAUGUUCAUGCAAACUCAUGUAGUCACAACUCUGUCCACAUAUUAAGAUGACGUCAUAGAAGUCUUGUCGGUGAAUAACACAAUGAAUACAGGCCUACUUUCGAUGUUUUCUAAUUGGAAAGUUUCUUAAAGAAAUAAUCAGAUGGUAAGUUGUGUAUGCAUGAAAAUGGAUGUUUCAUAAAGCUGUUCGUAAGUUAAGAACGAUUUUAAGAACGACUGAACCUUUCUUACGCACUGGAUUAUCACAAAUUAACUAUGGUGAAUAUAAUUUACGGAUUUUACCACAAGAAAGGAUCACCAGUCGUUCUUAAAGUCACCCUUAACUUACGAACAGCUUUAUGAAAAGGCUUAAUAUCUGUAGCUUAAAAUCUUAUAAUUUAUCAAUUCAAUUUUGGUUUCCAGAAUAGGGUAUUUAAGGCCGGUCUCGUGAAGAAGACUGAUUUACAUUCCGAGAUGACCUUACGUAUAUAGCUAUCCCAAUUUUUGCAAAGAAAUUUCUAGUGUAUAUUUGUAUGCCAUGAUA